UCAAAAAAAAACCCCUCCUAUGACCAAAAUAAAGAUGCAAGAACAAGUUGGAAUUUCUACUGCUGGGGCUUGGGGAUGGCGUUGGAGAAGGGGAGUGUUUGCGUGACAGGUGCUGGAGGGUACCUGGCUUCUUGGGUCGUCAAGUUUCUUCUCUCUAAGGACUAUCUUGUCCAUGGAACCGUUAGAGAUCCUGCGGAUGACAAGAAUGCUCACUUGAUGAAAAUUGACCAGGCAACGGAGAAUCUCAAACUCUUUAAGGCAGAUUUACUGGACUACAGCUCUCUUUCUUCUGCUAUUCAAGGAUGCAGAGGGGUCUUCCAUGUUGCCAGUCCUGUUCCCUUCACUAGAGUGUCAAACCCCGAGGUGGAGGUGAUCGAGCCAGCUGUAAAGGGCACACUAAAUGUGCUUAAAGCAUGUGCUGAGGCAAAGGUAAAAAGAGUUGUCAUUGUGUCCUCUGGAAGUGCAGUUUUGUCAAACCCAAGCUGGCCCAAGGGUCAAGUGAUGGAUGAGAAUUGCUGGUCUGAUAAGGAAUACUGCAGAGCAACUAAGAAUUGGUAUAAUCUUUCCAAGACAGAAGCAGAAAGUGAGGCUUGGGAAUAUGCAAAAAGGAGCGGGCUUGAUGUAGUAGCAAUUUGUCCUUCCCUCAUUUUGGGGCCAAUUCUGCAGUCCACAGUUAACGCAAGUACAAUGGUUCUUAUUAAGAUUUUGAAAGAUGGGUGCGACUCGUUGGAAAACAAGCUUCGGCCAAUAAUAGAUGUUCGUGAUGUGACUGAAGCACUGCUUUUGGCAUAUGAGACACCUGAGGCAGAAGGUAGAUACAUAUGCACGGCACAUGCAAUCAGAGUUAAAGAUCUAGUGGAGAAAUUGAGGAGCAUGUAUCCUAACUACAACUAUCCUAAAAGUUUCACUGAAGAAGAGCAGGAAGCAGUGAUGAUCAGUUCAGAAAAGUUGCAGAGGCUCGGUUGGAGUUUCCGUUCAUUGGAGGAAACUCUCAUUGACUCCGUGGAAAACUAUCAGAAGAUUGGACUCCUGGAUUAAACAAAAAUAGACGGUUCAAAUUAUCCCCACCUGCUCUGGAUUAAACAAAAAUAAAUGUGAUUUGUCUGCGCUCUGCUAUUGAGCCAUGUUGACAAAAUUGUCAAAGGUUAAGCCAAAACCAUGCGCUCGAUUGUUUGAUUUUGGACCAAGGUUUUACAUGUCAAUCUCGAGGUUUCUGUUUGUUUUAUUUCUCUUGGUUAGUUCGAGAGUUGGAAUAAAGCAUUAAUGAAUUAUUUCUUGUGUUGUCUUGAAAA